AUGUCUCCCCCUCCACCAUCACCUGUACUGCCUCAACCCAUCCCAACUACCAAUGUGUGUCCUGUUCCUAAGGAGCAGCUGGACCAGUCACCCUCCUCAGGUUCCGCUGGUAAUGCUUCCCAGCCCAUUCCUGAGGCCACUGUUUCUCCAACUGAAGAUGCCUCGCCAAUGUCAAAUGCCGCUAAAUGUCCUCCCAGUCCUGUGAAGGAUGACUCAUCAACAGUCCCCUCACCUUCCGUCUCGUCUAAAGUCUCGUCCAGUCCUGAUGUCUCUGAGUGUACUGGGGAUUCCUUGUCUCACUCCCCAGUAGCUGUUUCGACUUCCUCCCUUGUGAUCCGGAAACGUCAUAUCCCUAUAGCAGUGCCUCCUCUCCAUUCCGAACUUUCUGCGGCGUCCCGGUCUUCCCUUGUGGUUGCCAAGUCGUCUUCAGUUUCCCAGAUGGACUGUAUCGACGCAGCUACACUCAAACGUGCUUUAACUCCCUCAUUGCCGGAUGAGGGGAUGAAGCAGCAGCGCCUGUAG